AUGAAUAUCUGUGGCAACCGAGCAAGUGACACUCACCAAGAUAUCAGCCACAAGGAUAUCAGCCACCAGGAUAUCAGCCACCAGGAUACUUCAAAUGUAGAUGGCGUCGACUUUGUGCAGAGCGAAAAUGUAAAUACGAAGAGAUCUUCGCCACUGAAAUGUUGUGCGUCCCAAAAUCAGCAAGAACUCAAACUGUUUAAAUGCGAUACUGUCUACACACAGGAUCAUUUCGUCACAUCCAGUAGGUCAACUGUUUUUUCUCGACCCCAUGAGUUUGAUGCCAAGAGAGAGGCGGCCACCCUUAAGGUGAACCCCCGAG